GAUCCCGAGGCAACCGGAAGUGAGGGGCGGUGCUUUAACGGCUCUUCCUCUGCCUCUUUGGAGCGAGCGUGAAAGGUGCGCGCGGGUUCUGCCGUUGUCGUCAUGAGUCGCUUCAAGUUCAUUGAUAUUGGUGUUAACUUAACCGAUCCUAUGUUCAGAGGUAUAUACAGGGGCACCCAAAAACAUAAAGAUGAUUUCUUGGAUGUAAUAGACAGAGCAAUCAAAAUUGGAGUUCAAAAGCUCAUCAUCGCAGGUGGUAAUCUACAAGACAGCAAAGAUGCUUUGCAGCUGGCCCAAACCAAUGAAAUGUUUUACAGUACUGUUGGCUGCCAUCCCACUCGCUGUGGGGAAUUCAGUCAGGGUAAUCCUGACCGGUACUUAGAGGAGUUACAAGAUUUAGCUGAGAAGAACAAAGGGAAGGUUGUCGCAAUUGGGGAGUGUGGCUUGGACUUCGACAGAUUAGAAUUCUGCCCCAAAGAGAUUCAACUCAAGUAUUUUGAAAAACAGUUUGAUCUAUCUGAGCAAACCAAAUUGCCAAUGUUUUUGCACUGCAGGAAUUCGCACCCAGAAUUCCUAGAUAUAAUGAGGCGAAAUAGAGAGAGGUGUACAGGAGGAGUGGUUCACUCUUUUGAUGGCACCAAAGAAGAAGCGGCAGCUCUAAUAGAUCUGGAUCUUUAUAUAGGGAUUAAUGGUUGUUCUCUGAAAACUGAAGCCAACCUAGAAACGGUGAAGUCAAUUCCCAGUGAAAGGUUAAUGAUAGAAACAGAUGCUCCCUGGUGUGGAGUGAAAAACACCCACGCAGGCUCAAAAUUUGUAAAAACCACAUUUCCAACCAAAAAGAAAUGGGAAGUGGGACACUGCCUAAAGGACAGAAAUGAACUUUGCCAUAUAAUCCAGAUACUGGAAAUACUAGCAACAGUUCGUGAAGAGGAGCCAUUAGAACUGGCCAAUAUUUUGUAUAACAACACUAUUAAAACUUUCUUUCCAGAUAUGUAAAUCCAGUUAAUUCUGUUCAUAAAAUAAAA